AUGGAGGAUGAAGAAGGCUACACUGCUUUAAAUUUGCAAACUUCAACUUCAGUUAUUACUCAUAGAUAUUCAAGUAACAACAAAUGUUCUGCAAUUAAUGCUCCAGGCAGUUUUGUUACAGUAGACAGAGUCUCUUCCUCGGUUUCCAUUUGGCGACCAGUGGCUUUCAUUUCCUUCACUUUGUGCCUGCUGUUGCUAAUGGGGCUGGUAAUUCUGCUGGCCCUGUUUUUUCAGGUUUCCAAGGAUUCUGAGGAAGGAAAGAAACUGCAAGAAAUGAGGGACAUGUUGUGUUUUGAAAGGAAGGAAAACAAUAAGACUAAUGCAAAGUGCACUCUCUGUCCAGCAAGCUGGCAAAACAGUGGAGCUGACAGCUGUUUCUACAUUUCAAAACAGAAGAAAACAUGGAAGCAAAGCCAGGAGUUCUGUUCCUUGAGAAAUUCUACUCUGGUGGUGCUAAAAGACAGAACAAAGAUGGUGUCUCUGCCACAGGAUCUGCAGUUUUACUGGGUUGGAUUAUCAUAUAUCUCUGAAAGGAAUGGCUGGUACUGGGAGGAUGGGACAGCUCUUGUGAGAGAAGUCACAACUUGGAUUGUGUUAUAUGAACACAACUUCUGUGCUUCCUUAUAUGGACAGAUAAUUUACACCAGUAAUUCCUGUUCAACAAAGCAAUUCUGGAUCUGUGAGAAAGGGACUGUUCAUUUCACCUGA